UCAGCGGGUCACUCGCCUGCUUGUAAAUUUAAUUUUAAUCACCUGCGAAGGUAACUUCUCGCCGAGUCGAAACUGUUCUUUAUCUUUAAAGACUUCGUCUCUUUUCACCCUGGCGUUUCCUUGUGUCGAUGGGAUUUACCUCCCGAGGGAAGAAAAUCAAUUCGUGCAUCAUGUCAUGGAUGAUUUGGAAACAUACCAACAGGAAAACAACCCAAAGAGCGUGCUGCUGUUCCCCCCAUUACCCAGCAGACUGCGGUACCUGGUUCACAGGACUGUGGAGGACAUGGCAGAGCUCUCCACCUUCUCUGUGGGUGAAAGUUGGUGCCGUCAGGUAGUGGUCUGCCAUUCUGAGUUCAGGCGUGUGUCGGAUGAAGAUGGUGGUUUUCAGGGUAACGGAAGUUAUUCUGAAGAGCCCCUGGGCAGAAAGGAGGAGGUGGAUGGCAGCAUCCAGUCUAAAGCUCCUGUCCCAGCACAAAGCCGGGCACCUAAAAGGCCAGACCAGGCCCUGUUUGUGCCCCGAGCUGUUCGAGUUAGACGGUCGUUACAAAACUCUCAAAGCUCCACAGCAAACGAGGACUCCCAAAGUUCAGCUCACUGUAGCAGUAACUCACUUAGCAGCGCACUGGACUCUAGUUCCAGCGCACUGGACUCCAGUUCCAGUGCACUGGACUCCAGUUCCUGUCCUGAAACCACAGAACUUAAAACACAGCAGUCAUGCGCCAAGGUGGUGGAGAAUAAAACAAACAGUUGUGCAAACAGUUCAGGGUCUUGUUUUCAGGACGAGACACAAGAGUUGGCCCUGAGUCUGCAUGAAAGUGAGGCUGUUGUCUGGAAUGAGACUCGGUCCCUUUUUUCUGAGAUGAGCUUGGCUGGAGACGAGAGUGAGGACCAGACUUGUCCAUCAGACAAGGUGCAGAUGGAAGACACAAGCACAGAUGAUGUUUCUGAACUGAUUAAAGCACAUCUCCAAGAAACAGACUGUGUCUCCAUAAAACAGGUUCACAGCGAUUACUCCCUCUAUGAGAACGUUGCUCUCAACUCUGAUGACUUGGGCCACGUGAUCGAGAUCUACAACUUUCCAGCUUUGUUCAAGACGAACGACCUCCUCGAUGCUUUCACAGACUACAGUGAUGGUGGGAUGAAGAUCAAGUGGGUGGACGACACACACGCACUCGGGGUUUUCUCCACGGAGGCAGCAGCUCUUCAUGCUCUCUCCAUCUGCCACCCGCUGCUGAAGACACGAGCGCUCUCCAAAGGGAGUAAAAAAGCCAAAAGCAAGGCCAUCAGAUGUGCAGAAUUCAUCCAGCCAGUGAAGGAGCGACCCAGGACAGACUGUGCUGUAGCCAAGCGGAUGGUGACCAGAGCUUUAGGCAUACAGGGGCGAGGCAGACUGCAGCGAUACUGACUGUAAAUACUGCUGCUGAGCAAAGGAAACGUUUUAGGUUCCCACAGUGAACACGGAGCUGCUGCUAAUAUCCUAAAUACGUGUUAGCAGACUGAU